CUCUGUGUGGUGGACCCUCCUGAUAUGAAAUUGAGAAGACCUCACCCUACCAGUCUACCACCCUGACAUAUAAUUGCACCCACAUUCACAUACUCAUCUCUCUCUCUCUCUCUCUCUCUCUCUCCCUAGUCUUCUACUCUACAUUCACGUUAUCUGCAAUGAUCCCCAAAACCCAGGAAGCAUUGAAGAAUGAAGCAAUAGAUAGGAGUUCAGUCACAGUUAAAUCACAAACACCCACCAUAGAUCUCAAUGUGUACCAGUGAACGAAGUGCUUUUACUACAUGAGCGCCUGCUCCAAGGCACCCCGCUUAAAGAAAAGUUGGUUCAGAGAAGAGAAAAGAUGGGGGGUGGAGAGAGUGAGUGCAGAGAGAAAGUGGAGAGUUGUUUCUCUUUCUCUGUCUCGUUGUGCUGUCUCUGUGGUGGUGACAGGCACAGCCAAAUGAGCUAACUAGGCUGAGUUGUUGCGACUUGGGACUUGGGGAGUUGGAUAAGGAUACGGAACUCUGAGGAGUUUUGUCAGACCAAUAAUUUCUGUUUACCUUUCCAAUCAAAAACUCUGGUUUUUUGAAAAAAUUGGGAGGAACCUUUUCUCGAGAAGUAUCUGGAUACAGAAGGGUUUCCAAAGGAGGAGAAAGAAGUGGUGUUCGGGGUUGAUCAAUGGGCUCCUUGGCCUAUUAUUCUUGAUAUUCUUGCUCCUUUCUUUCUUCUUCUUCUUCUAUUUAUUGUUCAUAGAUUUUUGUAUUAAACUCACCUUCCGGUGACCAUUUACCAUUUCUAAGUGGAGGGGUUGGAAAAGAGUAGAAAACUGAUAUUCUUAUUAAAAAAACCUAAUUACCCUUACUUUUCUUGGCAAUGAUGGCUACCCAAAAAAAACACAUCUCAUAUUCAUAAACAUCUAUCUUUGUUGUCUUUUUCUCAUUGAUUUCUGCAGAGUACCAUAUUUAGACCCUCGAAGUCUGUGAGCUUGUUUGGAGGUUUCCUGAGCCGCGGAAAAGGGUUUUCACAGCUUCUCUUUCUUAACUUCUGAUUGGUUUUUAUUCUUGAGAUAAUUUUGAAACACUGGUUCUUUCUGGAGGGUAUUGAAACAAAGGGAAGGUAGAUUCCUCCUUAUUCUCUUACACCCCUUUUCCUUUUUGAUUCCCAAGAACACACUAACAAAGCCACACUCCAAAAAAAAAAAAAAAGAAACCCAUUUGUUUUUCAUCUACUUAUAUUGCAGGAAGUGAUUCUGUUGCUCAGACCUAUCUCUUUUCUCUCUCCUCUCUCUGCGCACCCAUUUCAAUUUUGUGGGGUUUGGAGCAAUCAGCCAUGGCUAAUAGGCAUGCUGCCGUAGGGAAUAGCAGUGGUGGUGGGGGUAGAUCAAUGAGAGAUGAAGAUUUUGAUGAAGAAGAUGUGUGGGGUGUUGUGAAGGACAGAGAAGAUUCAAGUCCUAUAAUGAGGAAAUCCAAGGAUUACUCCUCUGGUUCUUCAUCUUCUUCUUCGUCUUCUGCAUGGCGCCUACCCACUGCUCCAAGAGGGAUCAGAAGAGGCAACAACACUCCUUCCCAUGAAGCCAAGCUGGUUCAACACUCAUCAGCUCCAAUGAACAUCCCUGACUGGUCAAAGAUUUACAGAAAGAACUCAAGGGCUAUGCCAUGGGUUGAUGGUGUGGAAGAUGUCAAUGAUGCUGGCAACACUCAUCAAAUAUGUGUUGUUGAUGAUGAUGAUGAUGAUGGAGAUGAUGACAUAGUCCCUCCACAUGAAUGGAUUGCUAGGAAGCUUGCAAGCAGUCAGAUUUCGUCCUUCUCUGUCUGUGAAGGGGUUGGAAGGACACUCAAAGGAAGAGAUCUCAGCAAAGUGAGGAAUGCUGUUCUGACAAAAACUGGGUUCUUAGAGUAGUGUCUUUUAUCAGCCCACCACCCACCUCCACCACCAUCGUUCUCUGUUCUGUUCCUAUGUAAUCUUUUUCAAUUUCUUUUUUACCUUCAGCUUUACUGUUAGUCAGGUGGGGUGGUGGACCUAGGAUUAGAACAGAGUCUCUCUAAAAGCAGUCACAACUGCCUUUUCUUGGUGCUGUUUGGAAAUAGUGAAAAAAAAAUGAAGAACAGCCUCAGAGGUUUUUGUCUGUUAGGACUUGUGUUUUGGUUGGGUUGAUUGGAUAUUGCACCUAUGUAAGUGAAACUGGGGAUAUGAAAAAAGUAAUUGGUUAAUCUUCAGGUCUUUUUGGUAA